AUGAAAGCUGCUGUGAAUUUUUCUCCCGAAAGUAAUACUUCAAUCCCUGCAUGUUUGAUUGUGACGACAUCUGGACGCAUUCUUCUUUUAUGGGAUCAGGAUGACAGUUUGCCAUUCCAAUACCCACAGCUCGCUUUGUUUUUGGUCAGUCUCUUUCACUUUGGACAGAGUCAGUCAUUCGGUCAAUUAGAGCUGCAGAAUGGCUACACAGUAAUAAUGACUGCAGAUGUCAUUGCACGGAUUAUCGUUGUAAUUAUAUGUGCGACACCAAAAGCGGGUGAUAAAAAUGAAGUCGCACCGUUGCAACUGGAGCGACUCGCGAGUUUAAUAAUUUUGCAAGAGUUCUUGAGGUGCUUUCGAAGCGAUAUCAAUCGUCUUUCAAUGGAAUGUAUUGAACAGGCAAAGCUUAUGGCAGAUGAGUACACUUUGACGAAAGCAUUGGGCGGAUUACAAGAUGGUUGUGAGGGUACACUAGACGAAUUUAUCGUUUUUCAGAAUAAGUUUGUCAGGCGUGUGAUCGGAGUAACCAGUCGUUGCAUUCAGGACUCGAUUACAUCAUGGUAUUGUGAUGUGGAGGUUAUCAUGAGUCAUAGAUCUUCUUUAGCUAUCCGACUAGCACGGGGGUUUGUUAUGAAUGGUGAGACCAAUGACAUCGUAUACUCAACAUCGCCUAAAUCAGCAGGAAGUUUUUUUGAUCAGGAUCAAGCUUCACGACAACUUCAUCUUGUGUAUAAAAGUGCAAGAGUGCAAGAGCUAGUCAAACAGGUCGCUAAAGCACUACACGAGUGCACAAUUCUCUUGACUCCGGACGUACUUGAUGAGCACGGCUUUGAACUUGGAGUUGUCAUAAAGUUUCGACAUUUGUCAGGUCUUGAAGUUAGUGAACUUUUCAUUGCUCUUCGUAUGCUUCGGACGGGAACAUUUAUGACGGGAGUUGUGUUUUACGGUGACAACUCACAAUUCCGCGGAGGUCUCAAAAAGCUUCAACAGGUAAAAGCACAUUUGUGUGGUAACCUGAUGCUCCGUUUGCUUCAAGCUUCGUCGCAGGAUGUUGAGUUGCAGAUUGGUUUAGACGGUGCACCCGAAGAAGUUUGGGAAGCAGCGAAUAUGCUUUUGAGACCAUUUGAGCGGACUGUUUCUAUACAUUACACAAAUGAAGACGAUCGGCCAAAAAAGUCAUCUUCAAAUACAUUCUUUGAUCCAGUCAAUAACAUGAAAGCAGGCGCGGCUACGAGAUCCCCGCAACUUACAGAGAAUAAUCGUAGUCAGUAG